GAUGGCGCCGGGCUACAGAUAAAAGUGAUGAGUGAAUAGAACAAGAAGCGAUACAACUCUUUAACAGUGUGCGUUUAUUUAUCCUUGCGGCUAUUUUAGACCAGACCUAUAGCUUACCAUCGGGAAACUGCCAAACACCUCCGGUGAGACUGUAUCGGGAGAUAUAUUUCUGCAGCUAACUGUUUGCUAACUAGCCGCUAAAGUAGCUAGUCUAGCUAACGUUAGCUAACUGCGGAAGGCGAGUGAGGAGAGAGCAGACAGCUCGAAGUACAAGCCGAUAAGUCAGGCUCUUUUUUUUUUAAACCAAGCGACAUCUCCGUUUGAUAUAUUAACCAGCUUGCAGUACGGACCAGGUCACCCAAACCAUCGGUCUGUGAGGAAACUAACGUUAGACCGCUGAUAAGACAAACAGAAAAGACGAGGAAAGGCGUCAUCUUUGCCGAUCUUUCGCCAUGGCUCACUCUCCUAUUCAGAGUGGACUACCGGGGAUUCAGAAUUUCAGAGCUGACCCAGAGGAGCUUUUUACCAAGCUGGAGAGGAUAGGAAAGGGCUCUUUUGGGGAAGUUUUUAAAGGCAUCGACAAUCGGACUCAGAAAGUUGUGGCUAUUAAAAUCAUUGAUCUGGAGGAAGCGGAGGAUGAAAUAGAGGACAUUCAACAAGAAAUCACAGUCCUCAGCCAGUGUGACAGUCCGUUCAUCACCAAGUAUUUUGGAUCCUAUCUCAAGGGUACAAAAUUAUGGAUUAUUAUGGAGUAUUUAGGGGGAGGAUCAGCUCUUGAUUUGCUGGAACCAGGUGCUCUGGAUGAAACACAGAUUGCCACAAUUCUGAGAGAGAUACUCAAGGGACUUGAGUAUCUGCACUCUGAGAAGAAAAUCCACAGAGAUAUCAAAGCUGCCAACGUGUUGCUGUCAGAGCAAGGUGAUGUGAAGCUGGCAGACUUCGGAGUGGCCGGCCAGUUGACAGACACACAGAUAAAGAGGAACACAUUUGUUGGGACACCUUUCUGGAUGGCGCCUGAAGUUAUAAAGCAAUCUGCCUACGAUUCAAAGGCAGACAUCUGGUCAUUAGGAAUAACAGCAAUAGAACUGGCUAAAGGAGAGCCACCACACUCGGAGCUUCAUCCUAUGAAGGUUUUGUUCCUCAUCCCAAAGAACAAUCCACCAACACUGGAAGGAAACUACAGUAAACCUCUUAAAGAAUUUGUUGAAGCCUGUUUAAAUAAGGAGCCUAGUUUUAGGCCAACUGCCAAAGAGCUGUUAAAGCAUAAGUACAUUGUAAGGCACGCCAAAAAGACGUCCUAUCUGACAGAGCUGAUCGACAGAUACAAGAGGUGGAAAUCGGAGCAGUCUCGGGAUGAAUCCAGCUCUGAUGAAUCUGAUGAGGAGCCAGAUGACCAAGCAUCUGGAGGCAACGAUGCCAGUAAUGAUGACUGGAUUUUCAACACCAUCAGGGAGAAGGACCUGAAAAAGGUUCAGAAUGGGGCAGCACAGCCUGCUGAGCUUGAAAGGAAACAGGUACAGGAGAGUCCAAAGAGGCCUUUGUCACAAAGCUUAUCAUCAAUCUUUUCUCCAUUAUUUUCUGAGCUGUCAUUGUUACAGCUGAAAGAAAAGGGUGAGACAAGUAAUGGCAAACCAGAGAUUGCAGAGGAGCUACGGGAAGCCAUUUUCCUGGCAGAAGAAACACACCCAGGCAUCUGUGACUCCCUGGUGGCUGAACUAGUGCAGAGACUUCAGAGGUUUUCUGUGCCACAGGCAGCUGCCGCUCAGUGAGAGGAGCUACAUCCAGCUCUACUCUUAGUUUUCCACCCUGGUGGCAGCGGUCAGAUCUUAUCGUCUGACCUCCACAGCCAGGAUGAAGUCUCCCAGUCUCCAUCACUCAUUUGCUUGAAGCAAAUCCUGGCCUACUUAAUGUCUGUUCAUACGCUAGCGCACCACCAGAGGGUCCAAUUCAGAACAGUCAGUGGCCAGCCAGUCAGCUGCCACCAUGACUGCCACCUGCUGUAAGAUGUCCCUUCUCAAUACCUCCUUCACACCGGUUUUAUUUUUAAGGGUGGUGUUAGCUAUCUUUUCUGCAAGGACUCUUGAGUUUUUGUUUUGGUGGGUUUGUGGGGUUUUCACAAAGGUUUACACUCACUAUCCUUUUGCAGAAAGUUCCUUGCUUAAUUACUUGUGUGCAUGUGUGCGUGGCUGUGCGCGAUACCCUGUGAAACGUGCGGUGAAGAGUGACGAGUGGGUUGAAGCAUUCUCUUGAAAACUCAGGUAUCCUGCUUUAAGUGGAUUGGGUCCUCUGGGAGAUGGAAAGAGCUCUAUAGGGUGGUUGUACAGAUUUGUAAAUAAGCUCAUUUCUACAGAUUUAUGGAAAAAAAAAUGGAGGGUUUGUAAUGGAACCACUGUGUACAAAUGGCCAAAUGCAAACUGUAGAUAAUGGUUGUGAGGUAAAUAUUUUGAGAGACUAAAAUGGCCAUAAAUGAGAUUGCCUUGCCUUUGUACUUGUUCUUUUGUGUAUUGGUCUUUGAUUUAUCUAGUUGUAAAACUCUUUACUCAUCCAGUGAAUGAAAAUGACUGCCCUCUGUCAUGUUUUACUAUUGAUUUAUUAUAUAUUUCUUAAUUCUCUUUUAACUUUUUGGUUUCACCUUCUGUACUAUGGCUGUAAUAAUGCUAGAGAAUGUAAAAAAGGAAAAAAAAGAAAAAAAAAAAGUGGCUGGAUCAUUCAAGCGCCCGCCAGUUUUAAACACUGGAUACUGUUUGCAGCCCCGAUUCCACAAGGCCUCGAGUUGUGUUGGUUUGUUGGACUUUGCCUCAUCCUCUUGUUUUGCCGUGUGUGUUUGAUUGAUCAGAUGAACUGAGGUUUCGUCCAUUCAUUCCAUUAACAGGGCAGUGCCAUCAUCUAUUUUAUAAAAUCGGCAGACUCUGUUAGUCUUCCUUGGAGCUGCGAUGGUACUAUCUAUCUCCUCAGUGUACCAACAGCUUUAAUUGCACUUCAAGUAUAAAUGCCUUUUACUAUAAACAAAGUAGCCAUAAAACAGUAGCACGAGACUCACAGUGUUUUGCAGGUAUGCACCAUACUAUCUGAAAAAAAAAAAGAAGUCCACUUGAAGUCUCACAGCUUGGACUCUGGAAUUGGUCAUGCAGUGUAAGAUUUGCCUGGCUCUAUCUUUCCUUUUGGACAUGUGAGUUUUUCAGCUGUACAGUAAACAGACACAGACUUCUCACAGUAGAUUGACACUGCUCUGAGAUGUACAUAUUUACAUAAAGCCAGGAGGUGUUCAGAGAUCAGUGGCACUGCUACUACUUCUGACUUUAGUUUAAAAGGAAUGUGCAUGAUAGUAUAAACAGUGUAAAGCCUAUUGGUUGGCCUGAGCAGUAUGUGUUGUAGCAUACUUCUGCAGGACUGGAGGAUUGUUGAUUCCUGACCAGAGUUGAAGCAGCCUUAGAGUAUUUGUGAUGAAUGGGAUGAAUAGUAUCAGCUUUAAAACGUUAGAUCAAAAGUUUUUGUUAUGAUCUCUUCUUUUUUUUCUCUCUCUUCUGGCAUUAAAAUGCAUAUGCAGCAAUACUUUAAAAGACAAAUGAGAAAAGAUCAAAAUUAUUUCUUUCAUUCCUUUCCAGAAUAAUGUGUGCAUGAACAAAUGGACUAAUUUUACUUCUCAGAAGAGAGGUCAAUCUUGUGGGGUCAAAUGAUAUAUUCUUUUUCCUGCAGGGCAACACAUGGCACAGGGCAAGUUAAAGGAGCAGUUUGACAUUUUGGGAAACACAUUUGUUCACUUUCAAGCUAAGAGAUGAGAAGAUUAACACCACUCUCAUUAAUUACAAUCGAUUGUGCUGUGGCAUUGAGGUCAUAGUUACAGGAACACAUACAUAAAACACAUACAGAAACACAUGGUGGUCUUGGCAGGGACCAGUAGCUUCUUAGAGUUUGUGCGGAUUACCUAGCAACAGCUUGAGACAAGAAAUAGGAGCUGGUAGGUGGAGUUUGUUACUGUUGGACAGAGCGAGGCUAGCUGUUUCCCUCUGUUUCCAGUCUUUGUGCUAAGCUAAGCUAACUGGCUGUAACUUAUCUUAACCCAAAAGAUGUGAGUGGUAUCGGUCUUCUCAUCUAACUCAUACUCUAACAUCUUACUGUUCUCCUCUUGCUCUUCAUUCAAACAUGAAAAGUGCCAUGUAAGCCCUCCACCCCAAACUGAGACACAAAUUCAACACGAUUUGCACAUUUUACAUGGUCUAAUAUGACUUUCAAUAUUUUUUACGUGUUGCACUUUUUAGAAUUCUAUUGAUUUUUUUAAAAAAUGGUACUUAACAUGGCUACAAUAUUAUGUUGCAGUUACACCGGUUUUAUUUUCUCCCCCUGUGUGUUGUAUGGCAAUAAAGCAGUGUGAUCGCCAGGAGUCGUUUCUUAGCACAAGUAGGCAUAUAUUCUAUUAAACUAUUUUUAUAACCCAAAAGAGCAGUAUUAUGUAAUAGAGGGAGUAAAGUUUGGUUCUGUGAUGUGUUAAAGUUUCAGUAAACUCUGGAUAGCAAUCACUUAAAAUGUACGUUUCAUUUUGUGUGACUUUGCUAACAGUUUAUAGUCCAGGAUACAUGUUUGCUAAUUCAGGCCAGUGCCGUUGGAUUUAUUGGAAGUUGUCAAAUGAUUAAGGAAAAAAAAAAUAAAAAUCCAGUACAAAUUUGGUAAACAUGUUUGCCGUUAUUUGACCAAGUCUAAAUUCAUACAUUAACCCACAGUGCCUCUAGAAAAUGUCACCUUUCUUUCCGAUUGCAGCAGAGUAAUUUACAGUUUUAAUUUAGAUUAUCUUGUGCACAGUAACCCAUGAUAACAGUGGGUGUUGAAAUUAAUGUUUAUUAAAAAUUAAGAGAUAAAAUAUAUUCAUUUAUGAGAAAAAGGCAUUUUCCAGUGACUUUCUGCACAAAUUGAACGCUAAAAUUGUAGAGUUUGUACCCAGACUCUUUGAAUAUCUGAGCUCUUGUCUGCGACAAAAGUAACUGUUAAUAGAGCCAAAUGCAGACACAUUCAUAGCAGCUACAUCAAUUAUGGAAAUGUAGAAGUUGGACUUUCCAUUUUUUUUCCUGAGCUCUUUAACAGGCCUCUCAUCCAUGUUGGCUCAACAUCUAAGAUUCAGUGUUGCAAGGCUGCAUCUGACAUUUAUUUUCAUUAUUUAUUAAUCUUCUGAUCAUUUUCUCAAAAAUAUUAUUUUCAACUGUUUAGUCUAUGAAAUGUUAGAAAACAGUGGAAAUAAAAAGUAAACAAAACAGUGAUUGACUAAAUUUUGCAGCUCAACGGUUGUUUCUUGACCUUAAAAGCAGCUGUUGCUGUUGGCUGCAGUUUAGCUGAUAGUCCAGACUGAUUGGGAUUUUUGUGAUUGUGUGUAACCACACAUCAAUGUCAGCAUGAGUAAUGGAAAUUAGUUAAAAAAAAAAAAAAAAAAAAACACA